AUGGCGCACAUCAUCACGGCGGUGAUCGGGUCCGGAGUGCUGCCUCUGGCGUGGAGCGUGGCGCAGCUGGGCUGGGUGGGCGGCCCGGCGGCUAUGGUGUUCUUCGCCGGCGUCACCGUGAUGCAGUCCACCCUGAUCGCCGACUGCUACAUUUUCCACGACCCGGAGCGAGGCGUCGUCAGGAACCGCUCCUACGUCGACGCCGUGCGCCUCUACCUAGGCGAGAAGAGCCAUUUGUUCUGCGGUUUCUUCCUCAACUUCAGCUUGUUUGGCACCGGUGUGGUGUACACGCUCACUUCCGCCACUAGUACGAGGUACAGUCCGCUCCUAGUAUACUUGCACAUCAACUUCACCUCAUUGUUGCUUGCUUGCGUGGCAAUCAGCCAGCCACGAGUUUGUUACCUGUCCUGUGGUAGACUGGUGCUAGCAGUUGUCACUUGGUUGGUUGUUGCAUCCGCGUAG